UAGCUCUAACUAAUCAAUCACCAAUAACCAGGGCUGGACCCGGUGUAAAUCAAAGAUCCGAAAGCUUCGGAGAGCUUCCCAGCUAGCUUCAUCGACAAUGGCACAAAACAAAAGGGCGCUGCCUCUCGAUCUUGGUGAGGACAUUCUGAUAGUAGCUUGUACCGUGACAACACACUCGACUGAUCAUGGUCUCCGAAGAACCCGUUGCCAUGGAGGUGGAACCCACCGCUGCACCCGCUGCUGGUGAAGAGGAAGAAGAUGUCCAAGAUUUGAUGGAGUUGGCCGAUGAGGCUUCAGCUUUGCCAGCCGAUAAGCAGGUGCCAAUAUUGAUUUCUCUCAUCAAAGACGAAAAGGCCGACGUACCUCGCUACGGUUCCAAGGCUGUUUCUAUCAAGGAGAGAGCCGUGUAUGACUUGACUCGGGCCUACUGUGCCAUCAAGGAAUACAAUGAGGUGGUCAACUUCCUCACAGGCGCCACUGGCAAGGCUUUUUUCGACAAUAUCAAUCGGGCAAAAUGCGCCAAGUUGGUUCGUCAGGUCUUGGAUAUCGUGUGCAGCUUGGUUCCUGAUCAGUUGGAUAUGCAAGAACAGAUCUGCAACAACAUUAUCGAAUGGACUCGAUCGGAAAAGCGGACCUUUCUGCGUCAACGUGUGGAAGCCAAAUUGGCAUCCAUUCUCUUUUUGCAGAAGGAUUACGCCUCCGCCAUUGAAUUGAUCGAUCGUCUUCUCCGUGAAUUGAAGAAACUGGACGACAAACAGCUCCUGGUAGAAGCCCAUCUCAUGGAGAGCAAGAUCCAUUUUGCCCUGCGAAAUGUUCCCAAGGCCAAGGCGGCUUUGACUGCCUCUCGAACCGCCGCCAAUGCCAUUUAUGUUUCUCCAUCGUUGCAAGCAUCGAUCGAUACCAUGUCAGGAACCAUCCAUACACAGGAAGGAGACUACAAUACGGCUCACUCCUACUUUUUAGAGGCAUUUGAACAGCUGGAUCAAAUGAAUAACAGGGACCAGGCCAUUCCGUGCUUGAAGUACAUGACCCUUUGUCGUAUCUUGGAUUCACUCAACAAGGCGCUCAAGCUCAGUGCAAAGGGAGGGGUUGGUGCCACGAGCGACCGGUCGGACGUCGACAUUUCGGGAAUGAUUACUGGUCGUCAAGGAGUCAAGUAUGCUGGUCGUGACAUUGAAGCAAUGUUGGCAGUGGCCAAGGCUGCGUCGCGACGAAGUCUGAAGGAGUACGAAGCAGUUCUCAAUGAGUAUUCGAGCGAGCUUCAAGACGAUCUCCUGAUCAAGCAUCACUUACAACUCUUGCAAGAACAGUUGCUCGAAAGCAAUCUCAUUCGUAUCAUCGAGCCCUAUAGUUGCGUUGAGAUUGAACACAUUUCCAAAUUGAUUGAGAUUAGUGUCCCGUUGGUCGAGCGCAAGCUGUCACAGAUGAUCUUGGAUGGAAAGUUCCAAGGCAUUUUGGAUCAAGGUAAAGGACAGCUGGUUGUGUAUGAGGAAUCAGAAAAGGAUUCGGCCAUGGAGAAGGGGCUGGAAGUCAUUGCCAACAUGGAUGCGGUCGUCACGUCUCUGUUUGAACGAAGCAAGGCCUUGCGAACCAUGAUGUUGUAGACCUCUAGACCGGUGGUAUAGUUAGUCAUGUUGGCAAUUCCCAAUCUAUGCCAAUUCUCUAAUGAAAUUGAACAACCGAAUUCAUACGCAUAUCACACGUACGUAGAGGUUUUUGUGCCACCGUAUACGUGGGCUUCUAAUAGCACCAUAGAUGCUCCCCGUCCUUCCUUGCAAGGUUCUAUUGCACACUAACGUACGACAGACCAUCCAAAUCAACGAACGAAACAGGGAUACUAUUACCUUUGACAAACAUAAUACCGUAUGAAAGCCUGUGCCUACGUUUAUUGGUUGGCCCAAUAUGAAAGACCCGAGUCGAGUCGAGUCAAACUACCAUCCUAAGGCAUUCGGUAUGGUAAGGUCAUUAUUAAUGAAGAGAGAUUUUCCCCAAGCCACCUCUAUUAUGAACUGUUGACUAAGCAAGCAAUGAAAAUGCCCCACUACUGCAGCACGGAGCACAUUUGGUAGGACAAGCACCCCAGUGGAUCAUCACCAAAGCAAUUAGCCGAUCCUUCUGCGAAACAACACUCGGCGGUUGCACAGGCCUGUUGGCAUUCAUGUGGACCUGUUGUAGUAACAUAUGAUUCCAAGCAAACCCUUUUCAAAUCUUCUGGCGCUUCAGUGACUCGAGAAUAGAUGGGAGCAAUUUUGAUGCGUGUAGUCGAUGCAUCAUCAUGUAGAUUGCAGGAUGCGUAGGUCAAGCAAGCCACAAAGUUGUCUCGGAAGAAAGCAGAUUGUUCAUCCGAGCAGGCAGCGCCAUCCUUGCAAUCUCGGAUGCAUUGAGGACUUCGGUCCCUGCAGUGCUCACUGAGUGUGGACGGCGCUGCAGCAAUGUAUUGGUUGCUGCUGCCCUCGGCCAGCUUUAAAUUUUGGCAGGAGGAAUAAUCCAAACAGGCUUGAAAGCUGGUGCUGAGACAGGAAUCGACGUCGGAGAUGCAACAUUGCAUAGAUUGGCAUGCCGUUUCACAGGGGACGGGACUAGCUUGGACUUCAUCCAAAGAGCAUAUUCUGUCCAAAUUUUUGUGAGGAGGCUCUUUGAAUCCAUCGAGUGCGUGGCAGAUAGAAUAAGUCACGCAUGAAGCCACUUCUUGUUCAAAGCAGGUGCUAUUAUCUGUUGCGUAUGGAUUGCAACAGUCGAUGGACGGGGCACACGCUUGGACGCAAGCUUCUCGAUUCGCCAUAUCCAGUCUAUCCUUGGAACAGACAUCAUUCAAAUAGUCACUCCCUUUGGGUAGCAACUUCGACUCUCCCGUGAGUUCUCCGCUGCCUUCGGUGUUGCUCGUUUCGUCGUCGGACCAGUCUGAGUCCUCGGGGGGAUCAAAGAGCUUUUGCAGGAAGAUGGAUAGUAGAACCAUAAUCGCGAUCAUCACCAAAAAGGCCAAACAAAUGAGGCAGUAUCGCUUCCAGGGUCGUUCGGGCUGUAGAUCCGCCGUUGUGUACUUGUGCUGGCGUCGAGGUGGCAUUGGUGGGUUGUCAUCAUCGUCAGUUCCUAUAUUCAACACGGGAGGUGCUGCCCCAGAUGAUGAACGAGGCUCAUCUCGCAACGAUGAGGAAUUGCUCACAGCAGACUCAGAAGACGAUUCGUCCACCAUGUUCGUUCUUUAUUGUGAGAUGACAGUAAGAGUCCUGCCUUGUCUUUCUCUGCACAAACAGUGUCUUGCUUCGGCACAAGAAGUCACAAACAACAGUCACUGAUGGACCUGGAUGACCGUUAUCGCAUUCAAUCGAUUCGAUUCUAUUCGAUUCAUCAUUCUACUCGAUUGACUUAAUCGAAUCGAACGGAUCAUUCGAUUCGAUUCGAAUUCAAUCCGUUAGGGGAAAUGCAGGGUCGAUCGACGAGUGCACC